UUCAUUUUCCAAACUUUUCAUCCCACAUCUCAUUAUUAUCGCUUCUAGCUAGCUAAAGAUAAGGGUUUCACAAUUAGAAUGGGUACCGGGGAGUUGAGGAGAUGGAUAUUGGUGGUGCAAUACGUGGUGGUUUUAGGGUUGAUCAGCUUGGGAAAUUAUGGAGCAAAUGCACAACAAGUGCCUUGUUAUUUUAUAUUUGGUGAUUCUUUAGUAGAUAAUGGGAAUAACAACAAUAUUCAGUCAUUGGCUAGGGCUAACUACUUACCUUAUGGUAUUGAUUUCCCUGGUGGUCCUACGGGGAGAUUUUCCAAUGGAAAAACUACAGUUGAUGUCAUUGCGGAACAACUGGGCUUCAAUGGUUAUAUUCCACCCUAUGCAACUGCUAGGGGUAGAGACAUUCUCAGAGGUGUCAAUUAUGCUUCUGCAGCUGCUGGAAUUAGAGAUGAAACUGGCAGACAACUGGGAGGAAGGAUAAGCUUUUCUGGACAAGUGAAUAAUUACAUAAACACAGUGCAACAAGUAGUGCAAAUACUAGGAGAUGAAAAUGCAGCAGCAGAUUAUUUGAGCAAGUGCAUAUACUCUGUUGGAUUGGGCAGCAAUGACUAUCUCAACAAUUAUUUCAUGCCUCUUUAUUACCCCACUAGCAGACAGUUCACUCCUGAACAAUAUGCUAGCGUUCUUAUUCAACAAUACACCCAGCAACUAAAGAUUUUAUACAAUAAUGGAGCAAGGAAGUUUGCCUUGAUUGGAGUGGGCCAAAUAGGGUGCAGCCCAAAUGCAUUGGCCCAGAACAGCCCAGAUGGGAGAACCUGUGUACAAAGAAUCAAUGUAGCAAACCAAUUAUUCAACAAUAAACUAAAGGCACUUGUUGAUAACUUGAAUAGAAAUACACCAGAUGCAAAAUUCAUCUACAUUGAUGCUUAUGGGAUUUUCCAAGACUUAAUUGAUAACCCCUUUGCCUUUGGACUUAGUGUGACAAAUGCUGGAUGUUGUGGGGUAGGAAGGAAUAAUGGCCAGAUUACAUGUCUUCCUUUCCAAAGACCAUGCAGAAAUAGAAAUCAAUAUUUAUUUUGGGAUGCAUUUCAUCCAACUGAAGCUGCAAAUAUAGUAGUUGGGAGGAGAUCAUAUAGAGCUCAAAAGCCAUCUGAUGCAUACCCUUUUGAUAUUAGUCGCCUAGCCCAACUUUAAAGAUAGAUCGAGAUGACAAAUCCAGUGUCCUCUUCAUUUCAAAUUAAAUUUUCUUGUGGAAUUCUCACCAUUUAUUACAUGUAAUCGGAAGUGUUUAAUCGUUUACUGAAAUGUUGUAUUUCCAUCUUCCACUUUCAAUGAGAAUUUUAUUACUAUAA